AUUUUGACAGCAAAUUUUGAUUUAGUUUUAGUCAUAGUCUUUUGACGAAAAUGCAAUGUAGUUUUAGUCACAUUUUAGUCAACCCCAUCAUUUUAGUUUUAGUCUAGUUUUAGUCGACGAAAUAUGAAAAACAUUUUAGUCGAAUAAAUAUACAUUAUAUUUAGUCUACUAAAAUCUAAAUGGUUUAAAUCAUUUACUUGGUGUAAUUAAAUGUUCCAUACAAAGAUUCAACUGUUUUGACAUAAUUUACUUCACCUUAGAAUAAAAUUAAACCAGGUCAUUACCUUUAUUUUUCAGAAAAGUUCAGUAACUAGAUAUGCAUUGUUGGAACGCAGAGUAUUAGACCAUGAACGACAUGUUCCAGUUCAUUCAGUCCCAUUUGACUCAAUUGCCUCGUUAAGUUGGGCGUGUUCAUUCAACCAAUGAAACGCUCUGACAGGGCUCACACUCAAAGGCUAUUGGCUCAUGGCAUGCCUCUUUGAAGUAAGCGCUGCACUGUCUCUGCUUGAGACAGCAAUGAAUGAGAAUAGCUUUCAAAAAGACAUAUUAUAUAAAUUGUAUUACAUUUCUUUAGUCAUGCAAACAUGUUACAUACUUGGUUGGAAUGUACAGUUCGACUCACUUCAUCACUUCUAUAAUCAGUAGAGGACGGCGCUGGUUUCUUUUGGCUGACUUUGUUGCAUUUCACGUUAUGCAGCAGCUCGUGUUAAGUUAACAUAGGCAUAUAAAAACACUUGAGCUUGCCUUCGUAAUGUGUUUCGGGGUGACUCGCCUGCAGUCGCGCUUCAAGUUUGCGGCGUUUUACCGGCGAUCGUGAAGGAAAAUAAGACGCUUUGUAAACCGCGUGGAGACACCUAUGCUUUCCCUUCUCCCAGAGACUUCUCUCUGCCGUUUAUAUGAGAUAAGCAGCACAUGCGCGCAAUCUGAUGUCCGCCAGGUGGGACAAGAAUAUUUUCGUCUCGUUUUUAUUAGUUGACGAAAAUGUCAGUAUAUUUUUAUUACAGUUUUCGUUAUAAUGCAUUCAUUUUUAUUUAGUUAUCGUCUCGUUUUCGUCAGUGAAAACAUGUCGUUAACGAAUACUUUUCGUCAUAGUUUUCGUUAACGAAAUUAACACUGGGGCACUCAAAAUGGGUUUAUACUAAAUUAGACAAGUAAACAUUUGACCAAACCGUAAACAGUAACCAGUGGCCUGAACAGUGCAUUACAUCAAGCUUUUGAAAAGUGGGAACCUACAGUCGACACGCAUAACCCGAGACCAUCUGCUACAGGAAGCGCAAUGUACCAGCUGACCACAGAGAAUCUCAAGAUGCUGGAAAUAGAUCUUAAAAACUACUUCCCACACUCGCUGCAGGUGUAUGGGUACAUUUAUCAACUCAACAGAACUGGUCAGGGAGCAGAUCCCAUUCGUGUAUUUGCUGACCACUGGCCAGAGUUCAGAUUUGUACUCAUCAAACCAGAAAUUCGCGAGAAGGGAGACCUUUUUAAGGAUUUGAGUGUGUUUUCCAAAAAUGAUGGUUAUCUCAGAGACAUACUAGCACAGACAGACAUUAUUGACUGGAAUACAUUUAUUUGUUUAGCCACCAAGCUUCAUCAUGAAAAGAUACUAGAAAACGUAGCAGCAAGCAAAGGUGUACCUCUAAUUAAAGAAGCUGUGUGCCACAUGAUGGUUCUUCAAGAACCAUCCAAACUUUCACAUGGCAAUAGUUUAUCACUUAAGAUGUCAUCCCUUAAUGAGUCCCAUCUUGCUCUAGUCAACAGUACCUGGAAGUUUGGCAAUGAGCACAGCAUUCCAAUGAUUAGGAAUAUGAUUUUGAACUUCCCCUCCUGUUGUGUUCUGGACUCAGAUGAUCAGCCGGUAGCAUGGAUAUUGAUUUAUGCCUCCUGUGCAAUGGGAAUGUUGUACACAAUUCCAGAACACAGAGGAAAAGGCUAUGCAAAAGCUUUGGUAACCAUUAUGUCAAGGAGACUGCUCUCUCAAGGUUAUCCAGUGUAUUGUUUUAUAGAAGAGGAGAACCGGGUGUCCUACAGGCUCUUCACAAACCUGGGGUUCACAGAGGACCCGGAUUACAGGGCAGCCUGGUUCGCCUUUAAUGAUUUAUGACCGAUGGCAUUGAUGUCACCUCAUUACUCUUUAGC